CAAAGGGCAAAAAAAAGGAGGAGGCUGACUCCAGAUAGGAGAAAAAUCAGCAGUCCCCUUUAGGCAUCCGAACAAGUCUCAACUGUUCUUCCGCCGCCCCUGAUGUUGGUGCUUGUGUUGAGGCUGUACCAAGCAAAGCUGUCCCAGUAACCGAGAAAAAAAACAAAAACUUUUGCAGUCUUGACGCUCUCCUCCAGACGAGUUGUAUGAAAGCUGUGGCGCACCGCAGACACGGAGCGUCGGCGGGAUAUGCUACAGGUGGAGAGGCGGGGAGCAGCAGUCGAGAACCUCAGGUUGUAAAGAUGAGGUGCUGGAUUUUCACCGUGUGGCUGCUGCUGUCUUUCACAGCGCACACCGAAGCUCAGGGCAGGUGCGAUAACGUGCGAGCAGCAGACAUUGUUUUUCUGGUGGACGGAUCUUCCAGUAUCGGGAAAGUUAACUUCUUGCAGGUGAAGGGCUUCAUAGCCGGAAUCAUCAAACCCUUCGCAAGUGCUGUCGGCCAGGCAGGAAUUCGCUUUGGAGCUGUGCAGUACAGUGACACCUCCAGGGUUGAGUUCACCUUGACGUCAUACCUUAACGGAACCGAGCUCGUCAAGGCUGUGCAGAAUAUGAACUACAAAGGUGGAAAUACACGCACCGGUGAUGGUCUGAAGUUUUUGGCGGCUAAUUUCUUCAACCCCACGUACAGCCGGGAUGCCCCAAAGAUCGUUAUCUUGAUCACGGAUGGGAGGUCGCAGGACAGUGUUCUGGAACCAGCGCAGAAGCUACGCAGUCAGGGCGUGCACAUCUUUGCAGUCGGCGUCAAGAGUGCAGACAGCAAGGAACUAGCUGAGAUUUCCUCCAAGCCCAGCAGUGAUUUCACCUCCUUUGUUGGAGAAUUCAAACUGCUCAACACUCUUCUUCCACUUGUCAGCCCCCGAGUGUGCUCCAAAGCAGGCGGAGUUUAUGCGAGCGAUGAAGCGUAUUCCAGUGCAGGCAACAUUCAGUUCACAGGCGUGACCUCUGAUUCACUCCGGUUCCGCUGGAAUUCAGCAGGUGGGCCCUUGAGGGGCUAUGUGGUCCAGUAUGUGCCCCUCUCUGGUCAGGGUCAACCUAUCACAGCAGAACUGCGGCAGGAGACGCUGACGGCUAGUCAGAGAAGCUUUACUGCACGAGCUCUAAGGUCGGAAACGGACUAUCUUGUGAGUGUCAUCGCUCAAUACCCCAACAGUGUUGGAGAGUCGGUUUCUGCUAAUCAACAAACAAGGGCCUUGCCUGGGAUCUCGGGUCUUCGUUUGAUCCAAGCUGGGUUCUUCAGUCUCUCCCUGGGUUGGGAUCAACCUUCAUCUCCUGUCCAGGGAUACCAACUUACCUACGGACCGCGAGGUCAACCAUCUGGCCAGCUAUUGGUGGAAUCUCUGUCUUCAGACUCCACAUCUGUCACCUUGGAGUCACUUCAACCUGACACGGAGUAUGUCAUUAGUCUCUACCCGCUGUUCCCCCGCAAUUCGGCAUCUCCGGCUACCCUCAAUGCCCGCACAUUACGCCUGGAGGCAGUUCGGCAGUUAACGGUGGAAACGGAGUCAGAGAGCAGCGUUCGGGCGCUGUGGAGAGGCAUCGGCGGCGCGGCGGCCUACCGUCUCCUGUGGGGAGCGGUCGCAGGUGGAGAUCUUGAAACGGCGGAAAUUGCAGGAGACAGCGAGACAUACACGAUAUCGCAACUUCAGAAGGACACAGAGUACAUUCUCACUGUGGUUCCACUCUAUCAGGGAAAUGUUGAGGGGCCUGGAGAAACAGCCAGAUUCAAGAUAGAGCGCCAGCUGCAGCAGGUCCUCAAUGCAGCUAUCACCAGUCCGUCCUCCAUUCGCCUCACAUGGAGAAUCAUUCCGUCCUCGCAAGGCUACCGACUGGAGUGGCGAGCGGGCGCAGGUGGCCGCCCCCAGACCUUGUCCUUACCCAGGAGCACCAGCAAAUACGAGCUGACCGGCCUUCAGCCCAAUACGGAAUACCUCAUCACCUUGUACACGCUGUUUGAGGGUCGCGAGGAGGCCACGCCCGUCUCCACCACAUUCAGAGAAGUGCAACCAGUGGGGAGGGUGUCCAACCUGAGGGUGCUGGAGUCUUUGGGCAGUACCGUUCGAAUUGGCUGGACUGGUGUGGUUGGGGCCACACAGUACCGCAUCAUUAUCCAAAGUCCUGAGGUGGGAGUACAAAAUACUCAGAUUAUCCCCGGGAACCAGACGACUCUUGACCUCCGAGACCUGAUUGUGGGCGUGUCCUAUGAUGUCAGUGUCACACCGCUGGUGGGCGACAACACAGGCGAGCCGGCCAGCGUCUUUGUCAGACCAGAGCAAGACAUUGGCAGAGUGGCAAACCUCAGAGUGGUGCACGCCAACAGUCGGAGACUUCGAAUCGCUUGGACAGGUGUUAAUGGAGCAACGGGUUACAGGAUUACAUGGAGACAAGGCAGGAGUGGAGAGCAGUCCCGUGACGUGGGUGCCGAUAGCUCGGUCUACACCAUCGAGGGUCUGCAACCCGAUGAGGCGCUAGUUUUUGGCGUGGCGGUCGUAGUCAACGACCGCGUCGGGGAGGCGGUCACGCUGUCGUCCCGGACCAACCCGCACAGCGGGACGGUUUAUGGUCUUCGCGUCGUCGAUGUCACACCUCAGAGGAUACGCUUAGAAUGGUCACCCGCCGUGAGGGCGACCGGUUAUAAGAUCAGAUGGCGCAAUGAUGUUGAUGGAGUGGAAACAACUCAAAACGUGGCAGCUGAUGUUUCUUCCUUUACCAUCGACCGACUCCAGCCGGACACUUUUUACAGCGUGUUUGUUUCUGCACUAAGUGGCUCUCGAGAGGGAAGUCCGGGUUUCCUCAGUGUGAGAACAGAACCAAAUCAGCCUUCUGAUGGCACGGUGACGUCGGUCCAAGUCCAGGAGAACCCAGGAGAGGUUGUUAGAGUGUCUUGGAUUGGCGUCCAAGGAGCAACGGCUUAUCGGGUGUCUUGGAGAAGAACAGAUGGUGGCGAUGAGACGAGUCAGCUAGUAGGCAGGGAUGUGUCCUUUGUGGAUUUAGACCGUCUGGAUCCCGGAGCCCAGUACCUGGUGAAGGUCAUGGCUUUAUUUCAGAACCGUGAAGGACCGCCAGUUUCUGUCCGAGUCACCACACCUGGUGGUCCUUCCCUUCCGGGAACACCUUUAAGAGUAGCAGAGGUCACGCAGGAUUCUGUGCGGCUGAGCUGGCAGCCAUUACCCGGUGUCCGAGGAUAUGUUCUAAGCUGGAGAAAGGAAAAUGAGCGGGAUCCAGGCUUAUCUGUCACACUGCCUGGUUCAUCCAGCUCUUACCAGGUGACUGGGCUUCGUCUUGGCCACCAGUACCGCUUCAGCAUAAAACCCGAUUUUGAAAAUGGAUUCGGAAGGGAGAGCGUCGCCACUGAACGCACUGUGUGUCUCGGAGGACGUCUGGAUGUGGUCUUUCUCGUGCCGGCAUCUUCUGAUCGAAUUAACCUUGUCGGACCUCUGCGUGCUCUUCUCACAAGUGUAGUGGGUUCGUUCAACACUAUUGGAGUGCGUGACUCGCAGGUGGGGGCUGUUGCGUAUGGUUUUACACCCCGAGUCUGGUUUCAACUCAAUCGUCACAGCAGAUCCGACACGCUGCUCCAAGAAAUUCAGUCUGUACCUUUGGGUGAAAGUCCUGGAAACAACAUUGGCCAGGCAGUGAAUUUUGCCACCCAGUAUCUUCUCACCACCUCUGCUGGCAGGAGGCCAAGGGUCCCUGGGGUUGUUGUCAUCAUUGCCGACAAAAAAUCCGGGGAUGACCUCACGCUUGCAGCUUCCAGCCUUCGAGCGACAGGUGUGACCGUGUUGGCAGUGGGUGUAGAUCAAGCAGACACGGAAGAAUUGCGGCGGGCAGUGACAGACGGCAGCACCCAGAACGUUGUGUAUGUGCGCGAUGCCUCCCAGUUGGACGCCUCGCAUAGCGAUCUGGCACACUUGCUUUGUGGUAUUGCCAGAGGAUCAGGGGGAAGCCCAGGUCCGGAACAAUGUACCGUUCAAUGUCCACGGGGAGAGAGGGGAGAUCGUGGAGAAAAGGGUGAGAGAGGCAGGGAUGGUGUCGACGGACGCAAAGGAGAACCUGGUCGAGAUGGUUUUCCCGGACGAGAUGGUCCGAGGGGUCCUGAAGGCCCUCAGGGUCUACCAGGGCCUUCAGUUCCUAUUGAUCCUUCUAUGAGGCUAAAAGGGGACAAGGGGGAAAGAGGUUUUCCCGCUGCUGAUGGAAAUCCAGGUUUACCAGGGCGCCCGGGUACCCCGGGAAAUACUGGACUUCCUGGUUCACAGGGGCUCCCUGGCGUCAGAGGAAACCAGGGUGAACCCGGCGUGGCAGGUUCACAAGGACUAAAGGGAGAGAGAGGCGAAAGGGGGGAGCCGGGAUCCACAUCGGGAGGUGGUUUUCCAGGAAGGAAGGGAGAACCAGGCAUCUCUGGAAUACCUGGGACUCCGGGUCGGCCGGGCAGCGAUGGUGCCAAAGGUACCUCAGGACUACCGGGUAUACCAGGACAGGAUGGCCGCCCAGGGCUACCAGGAACACCAGGAACCUCCAUCAAGGGUGACAAGGGCAGCCCUGGAGAGAGGGGACCUCCGGGAUUCGGCAACGGGGUGGCCAUUCCAGGCGAGAAGGGCUCCCCAGGUUCUCCAGGACCCCCAGGAGCGCUAGGUCCUAGAGGGCUGACCGGAUCACAGGGGGCCAAAGGAGAUAAGGGUGACAGCGUUGUUGGGCUGCCAGGACAACCUGGCAGGCAGGGCGAUCCUGGUGACAGGGGUCCUCGUGGGCCCCCAGGAGAAAUUGGCAGUAAGGGUGACCGAGGUCAGCCGGGUGAGCCUGGAUCGCAGGGAGACCGGGGAGAAAGAGGACUUGCUGGUGAAACGGGAGAGAGAGGGGACACAGGAAAGCCAGGAUCUCCAGGACCACCAGGACUGAGGGGUUCCCCAGGGCCCAGUGGAGCGGCGGGCGAAAAGGGAAGUGAAGGUGCACGAGGUGAACCAGGGCGAAGUGUUCAAGGUCCCAUAGGGAAGAAAGGGGAACAGGGAGAGUCGGGUUUUCCCGGUUCUGACGGGCCCAAAGGAGCAAAGGGAGAUUCUGGACUGAGAGGAGAGAAAGGAUCUCCCGGGUCAGGCUUAGGCUCGAUUGGACCUAAAGGAGAGCGAGGAGAGCCAGGAACGCCAGGUAUCAGCAGUAGGCCGGGUGAUAAGGGAAACUCGGGUGAGCGAGGAGAGAGAGGAGAAGACGGUCGGCCUGGAAUUCCAGGGAAGCUCGGUCCUCCUGGGAAACAGGGAGAACCAGGAGAGAAGGGAGAUGAAGGCACGCCUGGGGAGUCGGGACUUCCCGGCAAGCCCGGAGAACGAGGAGUGCGGGGACUCUCUGGUCAGCCAGGGAGGCCUGGAGAGAAGGGAGACGCAGGAGAGCCAGGGGAACAGGGGCGAAAUGGCAACCCUGGACUCUUGGGGCCCAGAGGAGAAAGAGGAGCACAGGGAAUUCAAGGACCUCCAGGGCCACCAGGGAAAUUGGCUGACAUCCAGGGCCAGUUGAGAGGAGAGCAAGGGGCAAAGGGAGACAAAGGAAACCCAGGAGCCAACGGAAGUAACGGUCAGAAAGGUGACGCUGGAACUCCUGGUUCCGUCGGCUCGAGAGGUCCUGAGGGACAACGUGGGCCUGCAGGCUCCAGAGGUGACGCUGGAGAAAGAGGAACACCUGGAGAGAAGGGCGACAGGGGAGCCUCCGGGUUGGACGGUCGUCCUGGUGUGGAUGGUAAACCAGGUGUUGCCGGACCACCGGGUCAGAGGGGUGAUCCUGGAAAAUCGGGCGAUCCUGGAAGAGACGGUUUAGCGGGACUUCGAGGUGAGCAGGGUCCCCAAGGGCCUGUGGGUCCCCCAGGCACUCCCGGGACACCCGGCAAAGCAGGAGAAGAUGGUAAACCUGGGAUUCCUGGGAAAACGGGCGAGGAUGGCUUGCCCGGAGAGGAUGGCCGAAAGGGUGAUAGAGGAGACGCUGGAGCUGCCGGUCGAGAUGGCCGUGAUGGGCAAAAAGGAGAUCGGGGUCUCACUGGCCCUUCAGGCCCCCCUGGUCUCAUGGGACCUGCUGGACUGCCUGGUAGCAUAGGUCCACCAGGACAGGUGGUGUACGUCAAAGGUGUUGAAGCAACACCAAUCCAAGGCCCCCAAGGACCCCCGGGAACCCCUGGUGUCCCGGGAAUACCCGGAGCUGCUGGCGCUCGAGGUGAAAGAGGUCCUCCUGGUUUUAAAGGUGACAUUGGGGACCCGGGUGAGGACGGAGCUCCUGGCAAACCUGGAACUGCAGUGGAUGUACAGAAGGCACUGGCCAUCCUUGGACUUCAGGUGUCUGACUUGAAGGCGGUUGUGGACAGUAAGGACAACACUCCACCGGCGAAGGCACAAAGAGGUGAAAAAGGAGACAGGGGUGAGACAGGUCAGAGGGGAACAUCUGGUGCAGAUGGGACACGUGGCUUUCCGGGGGACAGAGGCCCAAAAGGGGAACAAGGAGAGAGAGGGCCGCUGGGAGCACCAGGGCCCCCGGGGAGAGCCAUUGUAGAGCAAGGGCCGGUGGGACCUCCGGGGUCAGCCGGAGAGCCAGGAAAGCCGGGAAUUCCAGGCGUUCCGGGGCGGGCUGGAGAACUUGGAGAGGGUGGGAGACCGGGGGACAAGGGUGAAAGAGGAGAGAAAGGAGAUAAAGGAGAAACUGGUAAACUGGGACUUACAGGCCUGCCUGGUCCAACUGGUCAAAAGGGUGCAUCUGCUGACUCGGUACUAAUUGGUACACCCGGCACCAGAGGUCCUCAGGGAGUCGCUGGACCGAAAGGAGACCCCGGUGCUCCUGGGCAACCGGGAGCCAAAGGUGACCGGGGCUUUGAAGGACCUCGCGGUGAUAAAGGAGGCAGAGGCGAGUCUGGAGAGAAAGGAAAUAAUGGCUUACAGGGAAUAUCAGGAGAACCUGGUAAACCCGGUCAGGAUGGGAAACCGGGUCCAGCCGGGCUGGCUGGUCCUCGAGGAGUACCGGGAAAUCCAGGGGAGCCAGGCAUCAGGGGCUUAAGUGGCUCCAUUGGUCCAAAUGGACUUCCUGGUCCACCAGGUGUGAAGGGUAAUCAAGGAGAACCAGGGCUUGGUGUUCAGGGUCCUCCCGGUGCUCAAGGCAGCACAGGACUGCCAGGAAAUCCGGGUCCUCCAGGAGCCGUGGGUCCACAGGGGCCUUCAGGCUUGUCAGGCCAGGUGGGUGAAGCAGGAAAGCCUGGGGUACCUGGAAGAGAUGGAGUGUCUGGGAAAGAUGGAUUACCAGGAUUGCCAGGGAAGCAGGGCAUUGUUGGCCCUCCAGGUCAGCCGGGUUUCAAGGGAGAGCAGGGAGACGGUGGUCCUCCAGGGAAGGCAGUAGCAGGACCCCCUGGAGUCAAAGGAGAGAAGGGUGUUCCAGGAACAACACUACCAGGAACUCCAGGAGAGCGAGGACUCACUGGUGAAAAGGGUGGCCGGGGAGAACGAGGUCUUGCUGGCAUAAGAGGCGAACGGGGUGAGGUUGGGGAAGCAGGACAGUCAGGAGAAAAUGGGGAACGAGGUCCUCUUGGGCCGAAAGGAGAUAAGGGAGAAAGAGGCGUAGGAAUGUCAGGUCCUGCAGGUAUCGUUGGACCGCAGGGGUUAAAGGGAGAUUCAGGUCUUCCCGGUUCAGCUGGUCCUCCAGGACUGCAGGGCAAGUCUGGGGAUAUUGGGCCUCCCGGUCUGAGAGGAGAACAUGGUGACCCAGGACCACCUGGACCACCAGGAGAGAGGGGUCUUCAAGGAUUUCAGGGCCGGCCGGGAAAUACCGGACCUCCUGGUCCUAUUGGACCUCCUGGGCAAGCUGGUUCUCCUGGUGUCGACGGGACCAAAGGAGACAAAGGAGAAACUGGACUUGGUGUGACGGGUCCAAGAGGAGAGAGAGGAGAGCCAGGAACAAGAGGGGAAGAAGGACGCCCGGGUUUGGAUGGAGAGAGGGGCUUAACGGGUCCACCAGGGUUACGCGGCACUCGGGGAGAGAAGGGAGACGAUGGCCUGCAAGGGAACAAAGGAGAGAAGGGGGACACCAUGCUGAUUGGAGGACCUCCUGGAGCAAAAGGCAGCGGAGGAGAACAAGGCGACCGUGGGCCCAAAGGUGGGCAAGGAGAAAAAGGAGCAAAGGGUCAGGAGGGACCACCGGGAGAGCCGGGUUUGAGGGGAGAGGCCGGUGAAAAAGGAUCCAAUGGAUUCCCCGGUGCUCGGGGUCCUGGCGGACAGAAGGGAGAAGCAGGACCGGCCGGCGUGCCCGGUGAAGCGGGUUUGCCUGGAAAAGACGGUCUGCUCGGACGCAAGGGCGACAAAGGAGAGAUUGGCAUCGUCGGAUUGAGAGGAAUUAAGGGCGACCGAGGAUCUAAGGGGCUUUGUGGAGGUGAUGGAUCUAAAGGAGAGAAGGGGGAUAAUGGCUUCCAUGGGCGACCUGGGCUACCAGGACGAAAAGGCGAUCAGGGGGAUGUGGGCUCCUCCGGACCCCCGGGCAUCCCGGGAAAAGAAGGAAUAGUCGGCCCCAAGGGCGACCGUGGCUUCGACGGGGUCGAAGGCUCUAAAGGAACUCAGGGCGACAAAGGUGAAAGGGGGCCGUCCGGCAUCCCUGGCCCCCCGGGGCCCAGAGGAGCGGACGGGGCACCUGGACUGACAGGCCCCCAGGGAACGGCUGGUGCUAAAGGCCCUGAAGGACUCCAAGGACAGAAGGGAGAAAGAGGACCCGUUGGUCCGGCCAUGGUGGGUCCACGUGGUGUUCCCGGGAUCCCAGGGGAACGCGGAGUAGUGGGGGAAAUGGGCCCAGAUGGAUCCAAGGGAGAACGAGGAGAGCCAGGCAUGACGGAGACUGAGGUCAGAGAGUACGUACGCACGGAAAUGAGUCAGCACUGUGCGUGUGGAGCUUUCUCGGCGUCAGAUCCUGUCGCUCGCUCCCAGCCCAUGGCAACGGAGCAACUCGCGGCCCGGAAAGCUGUGGAGGGCCGUGAGCUGCGCGUGGUGAUGAACACCAACGACCCCGACUACGAGCACAUCUACUCUAUCGACAACUAUGACGACCCUUUAGAUGAGCUGCUGUAUUUCCCUCCUGCUGACAAUCACACUGACGAUGAGCCCCACAAACACAAAACGGUCAAAGUUGAAGCCCCUAAAACUGCACCCAAUGUCGUGAGAGUUGGUGGAGAAAGAGGAGGCAAAGUUCCAGCUCUGAAACCACCCAAGGCCAGAAAAGUCAGGUCCACCAAAAGAGCCCAAGGCGAAGCUCCAGAAGAAGCGUGCCUGGUACCCAUGGAGGAGGGCAACUGCACUCGCUUCACGUUGCGCUGGUACUUUAACAGCCACGUCCGAGCGUGCAGGCCCUUCAUCUACAGCGGUUGCGGAGGAAACGACAACCGAUUUGUUCACUUGGAGGAGUGUGAGGAGGUGUGCCUUGGAAAGGCUCAAGGGUCUCCCUUGCUGCAAACAUCUCGGUGAUGGUGAUCAAGUCCUUCUCAACACAGGAGCAUCAUCCUUUCUAUAGCUUUGAAAUCAUUCUAUUGUUAUAUAUAUAUAUCAAUGGUAAAUAUUUUUUUAUUUAUUAUUUCAACAUCAAAACACACUUGAUCAAUUUGCUUUAUCCUUAUAAAAUAAAACAAGGCAACUACUAUAUUAGUCUUAAAAUUAUUUAAAUACUAUAAAUGCAAUGUAACAAUGAUAACAUCUCAAUGUCAUCUGCGGCUACACAAAUAAAUCAUUUCAAUGUG